AAUGUGAAAUGGCACCCUGAUUGCAACCGCAAUGAACUUCCUUGACCCGUACGACCUUUCUGCUGCGGGAAACAGCACACCACCACCUGGUCAGCCUGAGCAGAGUCUUAAUGAAGAAGUUAACCAAGUCAUCGGCCAGCUGAAUCGCUUCUGGGGUGGAUUUCGGAGACAGACUGCCAUCGAGACGGCGAAGAAAGAUUUCUCACAAGUCGUCACCCAGGCUCAGAAGGAACUGAACAAGUACACUGGUGCAGAGCCAAGCGCAACCGAGACUGAAUCACCCACUGAAGCUGAACCAGAGACAACACCCUCAGCCUCUACGCCGACAAAUCGCGAAGAGCCUGCGUCGUCAUCUACUUCCUCCCAUAAUAUAUUCUCUCGCUUGCAGUCGGCUCUUCCUCCCAACAUCGUCGCGACCGUGCAGGACCAUAUCCCGGACUCAUUGAAGCACGCCUCCGAGAAUAUCGACUUUGUCCAGCUACGAGCGACUCUCUCCACUGAGUUCCAGCGUAUUCAAGGCGUCACACGGUCUCAAGCAGAGGAGUAUGUACACAAGAGCGAGACCCUGCUCAAAGAGGCCAUCAAAGAAGCCAGUGACGUGCUAAGGGAUGCUGUCAAAGUCAUUCCUCCCGAGGACUCGAAUGGGGGCGGUCUCAUAUGGGAUGGAUCAGAUAUGUGGAUGCUUCCAGCAGAUCCCUCAGAAACCAGCAGCAGCCCCGACAAGGGGAAGGGAAAAGCAACCAGUCAGCGUGCCGUUGCUACCAGAGCUGAAGCUCUCCUCAGGAGACUCAAGCACGAUUCCGAAAUCAUCAGACGUGACCCGGAAGUUGAUCAAGGUUCGAAGGAGGUGUAUUUUCAGUGGCUUGCUUCCGACGUCAGCAGCAAGGAGGGUGGUAUUGAUAAUGAGGACUGGAAGGCCAAGAUCAUUGCCGCUCUCCAGGAUCCGGUCGACGGUGCAGGGUUAAAGGCUAAUGAGGAUACUUUAGUGCCGUUGGAAAUGACAAGAGAAACGUUCUGGACAAGGUUCUUCUUCCGUACGCAUCAAAUUGCACGCGAAGAAAAGAAACGACAAGCCUUGAUUCGAAGGUCAAUGGACAACGAAGAGGACUUCAGCUGGGAAGAUGAUGACGAGGAGGAGGUUCCAGGCAGUGCUCUGAAAUUAGAUGCCCUGCAAUCAUCUGAGGGCACGAUACACCCCGAAGGGAAACCAGUCGUGACGAACACAUCUGUACCGCCUUCGCGGACACACACACCUGCAACGAUGAGUCCCAGAGAGAGCAGUGAAGAAAGCUACGAUCUUCUAUCAUCGGGAAAUGUAAGCGAAACGAAGAUUAGUGGUAAGAAGGCUGUCGAUUCCUCUGAUGACGGUGAGAGCGAUUGGGAGUAGGUUGUUGAUUUAGCGUCAAUGAUGGAUUAGUUUUACUGAGAUGUACUACGUAUUUUUACGAUCACGAUCGCAAUGUGGAUACUGGCAUAAAACAAAAUGUCCUUGGGCAGCCACAUAAGCGUACAAUCAUUACCUAUCAGCAUAAAGUACUCCAGCCGCUAGUAGCAGUGGAUCAACCGACAUCGUUAAGUUUGGAACCGGUACGAAGGGCUUGUUGACUCUCCUCUUCACUUCCUUUGGUCGGUAUGGUGCUACAUUGAUAGUUAAUGAUCAGACAGG